CUUUUUUGUAGCGGGGCUCCUUGGAGGCCGACUGAUUGAAAGCUGAUCGACUACCGCAGCUGUUCUCAACAAACAACAACCUCCCUUCCUCUCCUCGCUGCGAUACCCAAAGAUCCAUUCCUAUACCCCAAUUCACAUCCACACUUCACAUUCACAAUGACUUCUUCCCUCGACCAAUUGAAGGCCACUGGCACCACUGUCGUCUGCGACUCUGGUGACUUUGCGACCAUCGACAAGUACAAGCCCCAGGAUGCGACCACCAACCCCUCGCUCAUUCUCGCGGCCUCCAAGAAGCCCGAGUACGCAAAGCUGAUUGAUGCCGCUGUUGCGUGGGGCAAGAAGAACGGCGACAACAUUGAGGACCAGGUCGAUGCGACAUUGGACAACCUCCUCGUCCAGUUCGGCAAGGAGAUCCUUAACAUCGUCCCCGGCAAGGUUUCCACCGAGGUUGACGCGCGCUUCUCUUUCGACACAAAGGCCUCCGUUAACAAGGCCCUCCGCAUCAUUGACCUGUACAAGGAGCAGGGCAUUGGCAAGGAGCGUGUUCUGAUCAAGAUCGCCUCGACAUGGGAGGGUAUCAAGGCUGCUGAGAUCCUCCAGAGGGACCACGGCAUCAACACCAACUUGACCCUUAUGUUCUCUCUCGUCCAGGCCAUUGCCGCUGCUGAGGCGAACGCCUUCCUCAUCUCCCCCUUUGUUGGCCGCAUCCUUGACUGGUACAAGGCUGCCACCAAGAAGGAGUACACUAAGGAGGAGGACCCCGGUGUCGAGUCCGUCGGCAAGAUCUUCAACUACUACAAGAAGUUCGGCUACAACACCAUCGUCAUGGGUGCCUCUUUCCGCUCCAUUGGCGAGGUCACUGAGCUCGCUGGCUGCGACUACCUCACAAUUGCUCCCAACCUCCUUGAGCAGCUCUACAACUCGACCGACUCUGUCCCCAAGAAGCUCGAUGCUUCCAACGCCAGCUCGCUCGACAUCGAGAAGAAGAGCUACAUCAACGAUGAGGCCGCCUUCCGCUUCUUCUUCAACGAGGACCAGAUGGCCGUCGAGAAGCUCCGCGAGGGUAUCUCGAAAUUCGCCGCUGAUGCCGUCACUCUCAAGGACAUCCUCCGCAAGAAGAUUGAGGCAUAGAGGGGUAGUCCGAUAUCGGUCGUUUUCUUUGAAUAGUUAUGAAGGCAUGAAUUUUACGGUUUGAGAUCAGCUAGCAUCACCACACUCAUAUAGCUGCUUGGUACUGCGAUAUCAAAAUGCAAAGAGAUGAAACUGCCA